CCUGGCAGCCUGGACUCUGCUGCAUGCAGUUCAAUGCUGGCUGCCGCAUCCCUUGGCACUCUUUCCCUUUCUCUCUCUCUCUCUCUGUCUUUGCUGCUCCAACCCCUCAAAAGGCAGGAGAUUUAUGCCUAUCUCAUUCCAUUGUAUUGCUUUCCAAGGAGGAGGGAAGAAGCAGGAGGAGAAGAAGGGGCUUUCUUGUGUCCCUCCUGCGGUGUAUUGUGCUCCCAGGAGAAAGGAAAGAAGGUCAAGAUGGACAAGAUCCUUGAAGCCAUCGUGAUGUCGUCUUACCCCGACCACAUGAAACAAGGGUUAGUGCGACGUGUCAUUGAGGCCUCCAAACAGUCCAUGGACAGCGAACAAUGUUGGUUGAUGCUCGAGCUUUCUACCAAACUGUUCCUCGUGGGCGAUACCAAGUUCAAGAGGUGGGUUGGCAAAGAAGUCCUGGAAGCCUACGGCCUUUAUCACCAGGAGAUCUUUGAAGAGUUUUUCAAUGUCCGUUUCCUGCUCAGCCUCCUCCAAGAGGGCUAUGGACCUCUUGGCAAAAGAAGCCUGUAUGUCUUUGAUUACAUCCACCUUGGGUUGGCCUUUGUCUUGGAUCGCCCGUCCGCUAGUGACAUUUUCAGCUUGCUGAGGACCGAAGUUCUCCGGAAGGUCUGCGAGAGGCCGGGACUCAAGCAGUGCAUGAAAAUCAGCAAACUCUUGAUCCAGUAUCCUCAGUGUAUUCCUACAGGGAAACGGCAGGCUCUGUUCUGCCAGCAGCUCAUCCGCUGCAUCGGCCAAUUCCGAACCAUGUCGGGGAGAGAAGAGGCCAUUGUGGACUUCCUGGACCACGUCAUCAAAGUUGGCCUCUUGCUGCAGAAAAUAUGGAAGACACAGGUGUCCUCGAUUCUUCCAUCCUUGAAAGAACUCUUUGCAAUCAUUUCAUCAACUGAAGAUCAGGACCCACCGUCCAUUGCCUUGGCCAGUGUGGUUCAAUAUGUCCCAAUGGAACUAAUGGAUGGGAUCCUAAGAAACCUCACCAACGACGACAGCAUAACAGAUGUUCAGAUGAUGAUGGCAAUUGGCAGGAUGAUUGAAUGGGUCUCCUGGCCUCUGGGGAAGAACAUAGACAAAUGGAUCAUCGCUUUGCUCAAGGGCUUGGCCGCAGUGAAGAAGUUCAGCAUCUUGAUUGAAGUCACGCUUUCCAAAAUUGAGAGGGUGUUUUCCAAGUUGCUGUAUCCCAUCCUGAGGGAGGGAGCGCUCUCCAUUCUGUGCUAUAUGCUGCUCAGCUUUCAGCAUUCUCACGAAGCAUUUCACUUGCUUCUUCCGCAUAUUCCCAGAGUGGUGGCUGCCCUCAACAAGGAAAACUCCAAUUCGGCCACAAGUUGCUUGGAACAGUUGGCUGAGCUCAUCCACUGCAUGUUCUUCCGUUUCUCAGGAUUCCCAGACCUCUACGAACCAGUUGUGGAGGCCAUCAAAGCUCUUCCAAUUCCAAACGAAGACCGAAUUAAACACUUGCUUGGCCAAAAUGCUUGGACUUCACAGAAGAAUGAAUUAGCUGGUUUUUACCCCCGUCUGGCCUCCAAAUCGGAAACGGGGAAGAUCGGGUUAAUUAACCUGGGGAAUACCUGCUACAUGAACAGCAUCAUCCAAGCCCUCUUCAUGGCCUCGGACUUCAGGCGCUCUGUGCUGAAUUUAGCAGAGAACAAUUCCCAGCCCUUGAUGGCGAAGCUUCAGUGGCUGUUUGCCUUUCUAGAGCACAGUCAGAGACCUACCAUCUCACCUGAAAGCUUUUUAUUGGCUUCUUGGCCUCCUUGGUUCACAAGGGGAGCUCAGCAGGACUGCUCCGAAUACUUGAAAUACCUGCUUGACAGGCUGCACGAAGAAGAGAGAACAGGGAGAAGAAUUUAUCAGAAGCUCAAAGGCUCCACCUUGAUGCCUCCUCAUUCUGUGAACAAGACUCUAGUUGAAAAGAUGUUUGGAGGCAAAAUUAAGACGAAAAUCCGUUGUCUGAAGUGCCUAAAGGUCUCUUCCAGAGAAGAGGCCUUCACGGACCUCUCCCUGGCUUUUCCACCAGCAGAUCAGCCUGUGCCUAUACCCCCUGGCGCUACCUCAUUUUUACCCAUUGAAGAAAUGGGACCACAGACCAUGCAAUCUAGCCUAGAAGCCCAGCCUAGGCUGAAUGAUUUGCCAAGGAAAUCAGGAACGUUUCCUGUGCCCGGAGUUCCCCCCUCUAAAGUGUUGCCGGUCGAAACAUUAAGACCAGAAGGUCAAGAGACCUCUUUCCCUUUGAGACCUGAACGAGAUGCCACUGGGGCAAAGCCUGAGCAAGACUCAACUUUGAUCUUGAAGGGCCUUGAAGAAGCUUCCAGAUCCGUCCCUGAUUUGAUCAAUUAUUUCUUAUCACCAGAGAUGCUGACGGCGGAGAACCAGUACCACUGUGAAAACUGUGCCUCCCUUCAAGAUGCAGAGAAGCUGGCGGAGCUGACGGAGGGUCCACACUACCUCAUCCUCACCUUGUUGAGGUUCUCCUUUGACUUGAGGGCCAUGAGGAGGAGGAAGAUCCUUGACAACAUCUCAGUCCCCUUGGUGUUGAAGCUACCAGUCCUGGUGGCAUCUGAAGAACGGAGUGAUACUCAUGGCAGCGGCCACACUUCAUCAUACACUCGCUUCGCUUCAGUGGUGUAUGAUCUCUGCAGCGUUGUGGUGCACUCUGGUGUCUCUUCGGAGAGCGGACAUUACUAUUGUUAUGCCAGGGAGUGUGAGGACGCCAACACCAAAAGUGAUUCCAAGGAAGCUUCUUGGAACGAUGCCUCUGAGAAACCUCCAGACCUCGCGAUCCAGUGGUACCUUUUCAAUGACACCAGGGUUUCCUUCUCAUCUUUUGAGUCGGUCAGCCAUGUCACCUCUUUCCUACCCAAGGAUACGGCAUAUCUGCUGUUUUAUAGGCAGAGGUCAACCCAGUCCCUAAAUGGGAGGUCUGAGGCAUCUGUAGAGUCUGGCCACGUGAAUGGAGAUUUACAUUCUCCAGAUAAAAACCUGAUGGAAGCCAUUGCGAAGGAUAACAUCCUCUUCUUACAGGAGCAAGAAAAGGAAGCCCGAAGCAGAAGUGCCUACAUUUCGGCUUUACCCAAAUCCCCUCUUUGGUGGAAAGACUUUGAUGGAGAUGACGAUGACAAUUCCUCAGGCGGCGGCGGGCAUGAUCCUGGUGGGGGAAGCUCAGGUUCCUUCCAUGGACUUGUCUUCUAGAAGGGCCCUGGACCAUCAGUCAACGCUGGAACCAUCAAAUCAGUCCCAAUUCUCUGAUCUGUGAACAGCAGAACAAAACCCAACAUGAUCAGAGAGAGCCUUGCAAAACUGUGUUCAAUUGCUAUGUCCCACUUGUUAUCCUCCACAUCUCCAUGGAGUUCUGGGAGCUAUAGUUUUCCUGGAGCAAGGUAGCAAACGGGUAACACUCACUCUCCUCACAGAAUCGCAAUUCCUGCAAACGGCAAGAGGGAGACAUAGCAUUGUUCAAUGUAGUUUAUAGUGUUCUGUAAAUCCCUUCAAUGUUAUAGAUAUCUGGGGGGAAAUGUAUCAUGAAACUGCUUCAGGGAGUACAAUGCUGGACGUAAUCCACGACUUGAGGAAAUUUCCACCAAAGUGGACUCUUGUUGUGCAAUGCUUUGUUUCCAAACCAAGUGUGCAGAAGGGUGUUGGAAUCUUAAGGCUGAGCUGGUUCAUUGUUGUCCAUGGAAAUGUUGAUUGGCAUGGGAUAGAGAGAAAUGUAUUGCAUUCAGCCCUUGGUAUCCACUAGAGCAGGGAUCCUCAAACUACGGCCCGGGGGCCACGUGCGGCCCGCCAAGGGCAUGUAUCCGGCCCGCCGAGGCUUCCCUUUCAGUGGAAUCAGUCUUGGCUCUGCUAACGCAGAGUGCCUUUCUUUCUUUCUGUCUCCCCUCAUGCUGCAUGCCAAGUUUGAUUGAGUUCUAUUGUUGGGGAAUUCAGAAUGCUCUUUGAUUGCAGAAGUUACUGCAACUCCCACAUGUCUGAGUGUAUUUU